AUGCUGUUCACCUAUCUCUUGACCCUUGUCAGUUUCGCUGCUGCGGCUGCCACUCCUUAUAAAAAUACUCUUUCGACUUGCAAAAAUCCGGUGAAGCGCGUCGAAUGGCGACAAUUAAAGGACGCCGAUAAACAAAGUUAUAUCAGCGCAGUCACGUGUCUCAAGACAAAGCCGUCAAGAUUGGGACUUAAAACAAGCCUGUUUGACGACUUUGCCUAUGUGCAUUUUCAGUAUAACCCCAGCAUCCAUCUUGUAGCGGCUUUCUUGCCAUGGCACCGAUACUUCACCCAUGUAUAUGAAGGUGCGCUUCGAGAGUGUGGAUAUACCGGCUACGCAACGUAUUGGGACUGGACAAAGGAUGUGAAGAAACUUGCCAAGUCCCCUGUCAUGUCAUCAAAACUGGGGUUUGGCGGUGAUGGCAGCGACACCAACAAAGAGAACAUCUUUGGAGACCUUAGGUGUGUUAUCGAUGGGCCUUUCUCUAAGUUGCGCCCUUCGUAUUACGGCGUCAGUGCCAGAGUACGGGAGUACAAACCCCAUUGCCUUCACCGACACCUUGCAGAUGGCGAAACCACAGACUCGAUCAAUUUUGCUAGACAGUAUAACAAAACGAAUGUCGCCAUCGUGCAGAAGAACGCCAAAUUUCUUUCUUACCACGACGCAUUAGAACAAGGACCCCAUCAGGCCAUUCACUCAGCUAUCGGAGGAGAAAUGAACCCGGCUACCUCGCCGAAUGACCCUAUCUUCUUCCUUCACCAUACACAAGUCGACCGUCUCUGGUGGCAAUGGCAGAAAGCCAACACAAAGGCUAGACUUAGAGACUAUUCUGGUAUGACGAGGGGACUUGAUGGCCAGACUGGUAAAGCCGCCUUGACUGACUUGCUUUUGAUGGAUAAACUUGCGAAGAACAUUACCGUCAGCGAUACAAUGUCCACUACAGGUGGUCCCUUUUGUUAUACAUAUUAG